AUGCAGUGCGAGCUUCAGGAUGACCACGUGGAGGCGGCCCAGGGGCUGGCGGCUCUGGCGUGCUUCCCGCCCGGCGGCGGCGGCGGCGCCGCGGCCCUUCCAGGCAGCCACGGCAGAGGGCACGGCGGGACCUGCCAGCAGUGCGGCGCAGGCCUGGCGGGCCACAAGCGCUUCUAUCAGCGGUAUCGCGCGUGCGAGACGUGCGCGCUGUCUGCCGCCGUCGUGCGUGGCGGCGAGCUGCAGCGGUUCUGCCAGCAGUGCGGCCGUUUCCACCCGGUCGCCCGCUUCAACGGCCUGAUGCGCACCUGCCGGGAGCAGCUGGCCCGCCACGCAGAGCGCCAGCGCCUGCGCCGCCAGCAGCGGCGGGAAUGGGCUGCCGCCGCUGCCGCCGGGGGCGCGCCCACGAUGACGGAGGAGCCGCCAACAGGCAGCGACGGCUCGCCGGCCCCAGGCCGUGCCAGCGCUGGCAAGGCGGCCAGGCAGCCGCCGCGGCACCACCGGCGGCAGCCCUCUGCCGGUCCGGAGGAGGCGGCGGCGGAGGAGGAGGAGCAGCGGGAUUCGCGGGCGCAGGAGGAGGCGACGCAGCAGCGCCAGCUGCGCCAGCUGCUGCUGCAGGCGGCGGCGCGGUUCGAGUCGCCGGCGGGCGCCUCGCCCGCGCCGCAGCUGCCGCUGCCGCCCCUCACGCCCAGGCCCCUGCAGCAGCAGCAGCACCACGCCUGUGGGGAGCAGGCGCAGCAGACUGACGGGUGGCAGGCGUGGGAGUGGGCGGCGCACCCGCGGCAGCAGCGGCAGCAGCAGGCUGCGGCCGCCCCGCCGGCCCAGGCCCACCCUUGCCCAACCGACGGCAGCGGCGCCGCCACCCUGGGCGAUUACCAGGCCUUCUGGUUGCACCGCCUGUCCGCCCUGCUGGUGUCUCUGAACCAAGACCAGGCCAAGCGCGAGGCUGCCGCGGUGCGGAGGCAGGGCUGGGUGUACUGA